UCACCUGAGGACAUUAAAAAGGCGUAUUGGAAACAGGCACUUAAAUGGCAUCCGGACAAAAAUCCUGAAAAUAAAGAAGAAGCAGAGCGGAAAUUCAAACAAGUAGCUGAGGCAUAUGAGGUGUUAUCGGAUGCAAAAAAGCGGGACAUCUAUGACAAAUACGGCAAAGAAGGAUUAAAUGGUGGAGGAGGAGGUGGAAGUCAUUUCGACAGUCCGUUUGAGUUUGGCUUCACAUUCCGGAAUCCAGAUGAUGUCUUCAGGGAAUUUUUUGGUGGAAGGGACCCAUUUUCAUUUGACUUCUUUGAAGACCCAUUUGAUGACAUUUUUGGGAGCCGAAGGGCUUCCCGAGGAAAUAGAAGCCGAGGUGCAGGCUCGUUUUUCUCCGCCUUCAGUGGAUUUCCUGCUUUUGACACAGGAUUCAGUUCGUUCGGGUCACUAGGACACGGGGGUCUCACUUCAUUCUCUUCAGUAAUAGAAAGUUCUUAA